AUGGAUUGUUCUGAAUUUGAGCUUCUUGAAUCUAUUCUUUAUGAGCCACCUGAUGGAUUUUUUUUACUUGAUAAGCAUUUAUCACGUUUAAGAAACUCUGCUAAAUUUUUUUUUCAAGAUCCAAAUUAUGGAUUUUUUGAAAAUUGUACAUCUUUAGAGUUUAGUAAAACAGUUAAAGCAAGACUAAUUCAACAUGUUGAAAGCCUUGAUAAAGAUGUUAAACAAAGGGUUAGAUUGACAGUAAGUAAGGAUGGAGAAAUAGAUAUUACUAGUGCUACCUUAGAUAAACUAUACACACCAGCAUUAUUAGAAGAGCCGUUGAAAAUAAAGUUGGAUACAACAUUUACUCCUUCAGACAAUAUCUUUCUUACACAUAAAACAACUAAUAGAAAGGUUUAUGACGAAGCUAGAAAACGCUUAGGUUUAGGUCCAAAGCCGGGUUCUGAUUCGAAGAAUAAUAUAUUUGACACCUUAUUAUUUAAUGAGAAAAACGAAAUUACAGAGUGUUCGAUUUCUAAUAUUGCUGUUCAAUUUUAUGAUGAAAAUAAAAAGCUCUUUUGGAAAACUCCUAAAGUCGAAUGUGGAUUGUUACCAGGAGUAAUGAGAGAAAACUUAAUUCAGAAAGGAGAGAUUACUCACGGGGUAAUUAGCGUUGAAGAAAUAAAGGCUGCACAACUAGAAGGAAGGAAGAUUAAGUGUUUUAAUUCUGUAAGAAAAGAGUUUCUAGUGGA